CCAGGCUAAUUUGGAAAAACUCUUCUAUCACUCAGCUUUACCUCACUCCUUUGCGUCACGUGGUGCGCCUCUGACUGGGUGGUGGGCGUGUCUUAACCAGUGGGGUUUCAUUCAUAAAUACUUUUAGCUUUAAAAUCCACAUUAAAGUGUUCACAGAAGAGUUUCAUGUUAUUGGCUUCGGACGCGGCCAGUUGAGUAGCCAUGCAGCACUGCCGUCCUGUUGCUCCGAGGCCAGUGGACCAGCCCUGAGGGGGAACGUUGCUGCUCAGGCUCAGUCAGCUGGUCGGGCUGAGGUGGCUGAGAGGAUGCAGCAAGGGAGCUGAGGAGGAGACUCCUGAGCCACAGCCUGACACACACAUCCAGAGCUGCUGCUGCGCACUGCCCUCCAUCAGGGGGGACUCUCUAGUUGGCCUGGACCAUGAGCAAUGAGUCUACCGUCUGGAACAUCCUACCAGAAAACUCUACAGAGAUUCCAUUUGAGGCCGCGGAGCAGCAAGAUGGCUAUGUGCUCCUCCUGGUGAUCUUCUCCAUCUUCCUGGUAGGGACGGUGACCUUCAUCUCAGUCUUCCUCAUCGCCUGCCGCCGCUGCUGUCGAGGAGGGCAGUGCUGUGCCAGGGCCAGCGAUGACCCUGAGAAAACCAACACCACCUACGUGGAGGACUCUCAGCCCACCCAUGAAAUCACCAUCAGGGUGGAUGACUCAGAGUGCAUUUCAGUGGCCAGCUCUCACGACCAGGAGUCUGAGCGCUUCCUCUCUACGGGCACCACAGGCCGCCGCGUCUCCUUCAAUGAGGCUGCCCUCUUCGAUCAUGGCAAGAAGGCCCAGGAGAAGGGCCGCAGGUACACUCUGACAGAGGGCGACUUCCACCACCUGAAGAACGCCCGGCUCACACACCUCCACAUCCCUCCCCCGGGCCUCAAUAUAGUCACUAUCCAUGAGUGCGACUCGGCCGAGAACAGCAUCACCAUGACAACGCGCCCUGUGGCUAAGUCAGCACUUUCAAUCUUCCAGCCGAUGCUGUGCCCACUACCACAAACGGCGUUGACCAGCCUGAGCGUCAAUCCCAGCUGUGUCCUCCCCGGAGAUGCUUUUAACUCUGUGGUGGACACCAGUUUCAGCAAGAACGCUAUUGCUCUCAGCGUUAAAGAGCCAAGCUCCAGCUCUAUCGAGGCAAUGGGAGCGGGGCCCCGGGGCAGAUGCAACAGUUUCAGUGUCGGAGAAGGGGCCGCGGUGAGGAGCGAUGGUGCCCCUCACGCUGGCGGCGGUGCAGGAAGCCAGGGGCCCAUGCUGCAGUUCUUCACUAAACUGCGGCGCCAUGCUAGUCUGGAGGGGGCCAGUCCCUACUUCAAGAUCAAGAAAUGGAAGCUGAACAGCAGCCAGAGAGCCUCAAGUCUGGACACCAGAGGCUCGCCAAAAAGGAGACAGUUCCAGCGCCAGCGAGCCGCCAGCGAGAGCAUGGACCAGGACGACAACGACGCGCACCACAUAGACCUCAUCCAGUACAUCGCCCACACCCAGGACAUCACCUACUGUCCCAGUCACCCCACCACACGCCUCCUCUCACCUCCAUCCACACCACCCCCCUCCCUCGGCAGGUUAGAGGUAGAGGUGAUGGUGGAGCCCAGCUGCAGCCAUGGAGGACCAGGGGUGAUUGGCCUAUCCCCUGAUCCCCCAGACGAAGCACUGUCCCUAGCCAGAAGGGAAGGUGCAGACCCAUCGGACCCCCUAGAACCCCAGGACCCACAGUCCCAUUGCAAUGACAUCUGGACCCUACGUGCGACACUGGAACAAUACGCCGCCUCUGAUCAGAGCAGCAACAAUGACAGGAACUCUGUCUGCAGUGAUGUUGAAAGUGUGUGUUCGCUGGGCGUGCGCACAGAGACAGAAAGAGGAAGGCUGCUCAGUUACCUGUCCCAGGAUUUAGGGGACGAGGCAGAGGACGAGGAGGAUGACAAGGACAUUUCGAUGUAUAUGGAUGAGAGUUUGGGGGUGAAGGAGGGAAGAAAGAGGAAACAGGAAAGCACAGAGUCAGAGCGAGGGAGCAGCGACGGAGAAACAGGGACUCGUAAAUUGCUGCAGAUGGACAGCGGCUAUGCGUCGAUAGAGGCUCCUUCUCGUGGUCCAGAAGACCUGCGACUUUUUGGGAGCUUUACCAGCAGCCCUAAGGACAGAACCGCCCAUGAGAAAAGGCACCACUUUACCAACGCAGGGCGGACUGGCACAAUAGGCGAGAGCUUUGAGUCUCAUCUCUUUGAGGAGGAGCCUGAGGAAGAGUUGUUGUUGGGUGCCAGUGGAGGAGUUUCUGUAGAAACAGGUCCUGGUUCCCUGAGCUGGUUCCCAUAUGGUCAGAUGCUCACACCGCGAGAGGCUGCGCAGCCAUCACCUCAACCGCCGAUGCUGCACCGGCGAGACUACAGCAUAGAUGAGAAGACGGACGCCCUCUUCCACGAGUUCCUCCGCCACGACCCUCAGUUUGACCAGCAGGAGUCACCGCUAAGGAAGCACCGGUCCCGAAUCCACCUCCGCAAGCAGUGGCAGCGCCACAAGCAGUGGAGUGACCCUGGUGUCAGACACUUCCAGUCUUCUUUUGACAGACAGCGGACCCCACUACGGAGGGGUGAGAGUGUGAACUACCCACUGGACACAAGCUACCACAGUACGCUUCCCCGCAUUGUCAGUGCUCCAGACGAGGAGACCAGCGACAGGACCGGCAGCACUCCUGAUAGUCCGAAGGAGCCCACAAAUACUAAGAGUGGGGGCAAGGACAGGGAGCAGAGUCUCACUGUCAGUGACACUGGGGACCAUGCCUCCUCCUCCUCUCCUCCAACACCUCAUCAUCGCUUCAUCUCAGAGAAAGAUGAAAGGCCAGGGGCACAGCAUGAGCCUCAGGAGGACAGCAAACAGUCUGGACUCCCUCCCGAGCCCCCGGACGAGCGCUUUCCGCCUCAGCUGCCCGACUCCUCGGGCUACGGCCCGCAGACCAUCACAGCAGAGCUCACAGACAAACUGGCUGCUGACCUUGAUGAGAGGCUGUACACGGGCCUUCGCAGGGCCAAGGGCACAGCCACUGAGUGUGUGACGGUGGCGGCCACACACGCUACUCCGGACCACAGCCCAGUGUAGCAGGGCUUCGGUCGUCCUCCUCGGCAACCUCAUUCCUGCUGAAACACACUUUUCUUCCCGUUUUUGAUGUGUCUCGCCUAGUUUUCCACUUCUCUGUGUACAGCUUGAUUGGUGUGAUCCAGGCCCAUUAACACACUAUAAAAAGUAUGCUUUAAAUCAUUAUCUUACACAUAGCUGAUGCACUAGAAAUGCAGUCAGUCUGUCUUCAUGCCUGUUAACAUUACAAAGCUUUUCAACGUUUUACAUUUUUUAUUGAUAUAGAAAUAUUCAUUUGAAAAUAAUAGACAUAGCUAACGUAUCAAUCACCAUAUGGUUUCAGUAAUAAUUGUUUCUGUGUCUAUUUCCAUCUCUGCUGCUGCCUUCCUGUCUCUGCUUUCCAGUAUAAAUAAGUGAAGCUGAGGGCUAAUAUGGCCUGUGUACUUGUUGAUCCACUGUGAAACCAGGUGCUAUUAGAGGAGAAGAAAACUACAGA